CACACAGCAUAUAUGCUGGCCGCUCUAAUUCGGUGUGCUGCGUUCACUCGGUAUACUUAUGGGUCCCUGGAGUUUCCGGGAAAAAAAAAGAAGGAAAAUACUUUCUAUUUGCCCUUUUCUUUUGUCCUUGGAAAGUGACAUUCCAACUUCAUUAGCAAGAAAUCGGAAAUUAGGAGGAGAUGAUAGUUUUGCGUUAAAUGGGUAGUGAGUACUGUGUAUUGCCUGUUCUUGUUGCUUGUGAAGAUCACUGUAAAGCAUAAAUUGCAAUUUCACAGCAACUGAGCAAAUAGUGUAUAAACUAAUUUUUAUGAAAAAAUGUACGGUGGAGGAGGGGAAGCAUCAUCGUCAUCAUCAGCAUCAGCGUCAACGUCGACCUCAACAUCAGGCAUUUUGCAGAGGUGGAAAGAGAUUCAGAAUUCGCUCAAGGAGAGGUUAAUCACUGAGGAUGAUUUCUCAUGGAAGCUACCCAUACCUGGAAGCACAUCCACCGGUAAAGAAGAUGAUCAAGCGGUCUUGAAGUAUAUUGGUGGUGUUGAUGUGAGUUGCUUAAAGGAAGACCAAUCAAUUGCAUGCGGGACGCUCGUUGUUUUGGAUUUUCGCACUAGCAAAGUGGUGUACCAAGAGUCUGCUCAUGUCAGGCUUGAUGUUCCUUAUAUUGCUGGCUUCCUUGCAUUCAGAGAGGCUCCAGUACUUCUACAGCUUCUUGAAAAGAUGAGAAAUAAUAACAAUCCUUACUACCCUCAGUUAGUAAUGGUUGAUGGCAAUGGGAUACUUCAUCCUCGAGGCUUUGGCUUGGCUUGUCAUCUAGGCGUUCUGGCCAAUCUUCCUACUAUUGGGAUUGGAAAGAAACUGCAUUUCGUAGAUGGGCUUACUGAAUCUGGAGUGAAAAAAUGUCUUCAAGCCAAAGUAAAAAGUGGUGAAAAUUUUAUUAUUUUGAAAGGACGCUCUGGGCGCAUAUGUGGUGCGGCAAUGAGGUCAACUGAGGGUUCUGUGAAACCUAUAUUUAUUUCGAUUGGUCACCGUAUAUCACUUGAUACUGCAAUUGAAAUUGUUAAAAUGACUUGCCAGUAUCGUGUGCCAGAGCCUAUACGACAGGCUGAUAAAAGAUCCAGGGGUUAUGUUCAGAAGCCUCAACAAAUAUUGAAACAAUUUAAUUGUUUGAAUUUGGAACCAAGUGUAUCUUGGAAAACUAUCACUGGCAAUCAUACCUUCAAUCACUUGAAAGAGAACAAUAACCAAGUGCGGAAUGGCUUAGUUGUAACGGGGCAAGGUACAUCCCAAGGAAGAGGCAGAGUUCAAGGGAGAGGAGCGGGACUGGGAAAAGGCAGAUGGGAAGAUAGAGGACAAGUUGAAAAGGAAGGGAAAGGACAAAGAGAGCAAGAAAGAGGGCAUAUCCAGGAAAGAGGGGAAGGACAGUCAAAUUGGAGAGGAUAUGGUUAUGGUAGGGGUACGGGGCCUACGGGCAGAGGAAAAGGGAUAGGGCAAGGUAGAGGAAGAGAGGGCAAAUGGGUAAACAAUUGUGAGCAAGUAUGGAUCCGAAAGGAGUAGCAUCAUGAAGGAUUGAAAAAAGAUACAAUUCUAACGUUAUGUUUGGACACAUGCUUUGCUAUUUAAUAAAAGGUUCUUAAUGAUGAAAUGCAGGGAUAGCUUUAACGCCUCGAAUUGAAAUGCUGUUGUUUUUGGAUUCAAGAGCUGGAAUUGCAGGGAGAAGGAGAGGGAGAGGAGGAGGAGGAGGGGGUGGGGUGGUGUGGGGUGUGUUGGGUAGGGAGAGCGGGAAUUCAAAGAAGAUUGUUCCUUGCACAAGAUCUGCAACACUCUUUCUUUUUGAUGUUCAUCUGGCUAUCUGUGGCAUAUUUUGUACAUUUUUCCCGCCUGCAGUUGUAAAGAAGUUGGAAUUCUUGAAACUUAUAACAAUGUAUUAGAAAAAAUCCAGGUUGAUGUGUAAUGGUCUGAUUGAGUGCUGUAAUGAAGAGCUUAUUUUGGGAGACGAGUUUGGCAGUGCAAUUAAAGAGAAUUAUAUAUUGUUGCAGUA